AUGUCUUUACCUACUGAAAGUCAGCAAUCAUCAAGUCCUGCUCAAGGACGAUGGAACUCACCAGACAUUUCGUCGCGACCAAUUGUGGUGCUAGGCGGAGGCGUUCUCGGUCGACGCAUUGCUGCCUCGUGGAUAGCUGCAAACUACGAAACGAUUCUGUGCGACCUCAACGAGCAGCAAAGAAACGCUGCAACCGAAUAUAUUGAACACAACCAGGAAGAGUUUGCGAAAGCCACAGGAUGCCAGCGCAAACGUGCAAAGUUCAGCACUACCGAUAGCAUGGAGUCAGCCGUCAAGAACGCAUGGCUGGUCGUUGAGGCAUUGCCAGAGAAACUGGAUCUCAAGAUCUCAAUGAUGGGUCAGCUUGAUCAGAAUUCACCGCAUGAUUGCAUACUGGCAUCGAACUCGUCUUCAUACAAGUCCCGACUCAUGUUGAAUAAGGUCGAUCAGGAGCGAUGCCUGCGCGUCUGCAACAUGCAUUACUACAUGCCGCCUGGGAACAACGUCGUUGAGCUUAUGACCUGCGGAGAGACCGAUACAAAGGUCCUGGAGUUUUUAAAGUCUAAGCUUGAGGAUGCUGGAAUGACUCCGGCUGUCGCACGCAAAGAGUCGACUGGUUUCAUCUUCAAUCGGCUAUGGGCGGCCAUCAAGAGGGAAAGCUUGUUGAUCUUGGCGGAAGGAGUGUCAGAGCCCAAGGAGAUCGACAAAUUGUUCAUGACUAUGUUCAAGGAUAAUCCAAAUGGACCCUGUGGCAUGAUGGACGCAGUCGGUCUCGACACUGUGGCUUUUAUCGAAGACAACUAUGUUCAGGAACGUCAGUUGGAACCAACAGCGCGAGAUUGGCUCCAGAAGAACUACGUCGAGCAAGGCAAACUCGGCGCAAAGUCCGGCAAAGGAGGUCUGUAUCCUGCAGGCGAGACAACCAAGAGCUCAAAGGACAGCAGCGGACACCACGACAAUCUUGCCGCACCACGCCUCUACUUCCUGGACAUCGGCCUGGGUAGUAACGUCACCGACCUGACCAAAGCCACCACUUCUGGUAGCAUCGUGACGGCAUCCGCUGACGGCAGCAAUGUGCGCACGCUCGUAAGCGGCCAAUCCAUGCCCGACGGCAUCGACGUAUCCAUCUCCGCCGGUAAGCUAUUCUGGACGAACAUGGGUACCUCGCCCUCUGCAAACAAUGGCAGCGUCAUGUGCUCGAACCUCGACGGCACAAACGUCCAUACCAUCAUCCCAGAAGGCGCCGUACACACGCCCAAGCAAAUCAAAAUCGAUCACGAGAAUCGAAAACUAUACUUCUGCGACCGUGAAGGUUUGCGCGUCCACCGCUGCGACUUCGAUGGGAGCAAUCACGAGAUCAUCCUGCAGACAGGUGACUACAGAACCAACGACCUUGUAGAUCAGACAAAGUGGUGUGUCGGUGUUGCUGUCGAUGUGAAAGCAGGAAAAUUCUACUGGACCCAAAAGGGCACUUCUAAGGGGGGUCAGGGUCGCAUCUUACGUGCGAGCAUGCAUAUGCCCAAUGGUGAGACGGCAUCCUCGCGAUCGGACAUCGAGGUGUUGUUCGAUAAAUUGCCUGAGCCUAUCGACCUAGAAUUCGAAGAGGAAAGCCAGACACUGUACUGGACCGAUCGUGGGGAGUACCCUCUCGGCAACACACUGAACUCUGCCUACGUAGGGGCGGGGAACGGAGAUGGCGGACAGUUCAAAACACUGGCGAGACAUUUCCAUGAGGCUAUUGGAUUGAAGAUCGAUGUUGUGAACCAGCAUAUCUAUAUUACUGAUCUCGGAGGUACGGUGUACAGAUUCAACAUAGAUGGAAGCGAGAAGAAGAAGAUCUAUGAGACCGACAGUGCAUAUAGUGGUAUUGCGCUGGCGCAUCUGCAUUGA